AUGAUGAACACGCCGAUAAAACAGGAUAUACAAAAUACCUGCAAAGAGUUAGCUUUAUUGCGUGUUCCUGAGCUAAAAUCUGUAUGCAGGUCGGUUGGUCUUCCUUUAUCAGGUCGUAAAGCAGAUUUACAACAAAGAGUAAAAGAAUAUGUGGAGAAUUCUCUGAGGCCUGGGCAUAUCGAUCCAUUCAGACCGAAAGCUAUCCUAGCGCUCGUGCAAAAAUCGAAACUAGGUGAUGUGUUGCCUACAUAUGACUCUAUAUUGCAGUCUUUGAAGACGGGCGCGUUCAAACAUCCUGUAGCUACUGGUCAUGUACCACCUAGCUCGUUAUAUUCAUAUAAGUCUGAAACACAAACGUCCGCAAAGAACGAGAACCCAUCGCCACCAUCAAUACUUAACGGCGCGGAUGGAAGUCCUCUGACAAGUGUAUUUUACCCCAGUCCGUUUUACACUUUGAAGAGGAUGAUAACUGGUUCACCGAAGAUGGCCAGUAAGUCUCCUGGGAGGGGUACAUGUAUGUUUACAUUUCGCUUAAACGAAGCAGAAAAGAAGCUGCUGCAGGACAGCCCAGAUACGCGACUCUAUCUAUUCUGUGGCGCCAUAAGUCAUGGUAAUAGAGUUCAUGUUCAAUUUCCACAUCCGAAUGAGAUAAAGUUGAACGAUAAUUUAAUAAAAGAUAACGUUCGUGGUUUAAAAAACAAGGUUGGGACAGCUAAGCCUGCGGAUUUAACGAAAUUUGUGAGACAUGAUAAGGAUAACUAUUUGCAGUUGGUAUAUGCAUUUACUAAAGAAGAUUAUCUUGUAUAUUUGUACCUUGUGACGUUAAACAGCCCAGAGAAGAUACUAGAGGGUAUAUUGGCACGGCCGAAAAUUGUUAGGCCAUUUACGCUUGCAUAUAUCAAAAAGAUCCUGAGCGAAGAUGAAGAUGAGGAUUUAAUUACCACUUCUACAGUAUUAACAUUGCAAUGCCCAAUAUCUUACGCGAGAAUGAAAUAUCCUGUAAAAUCGGUGAAUUGUGAUCACUUACAAUGUUUCGAUGCCAUGUCUUUUAUUCUCUCUCAAAUGCAGAUUCCUACUUGGCAAUGUCCGGUAUGUCAGAAAUCAGUCAGCAUAAAUGAUUUAUCAAUUUGCGAGUUUGUUAGUGACAUUAUUAAGACAGCAGAUAAAGAUGUAGAGCAAGUGGAGAUUCAUCGUGAUGGAACUUGGAUAGCGAAGGAAGAGGAUACCGAUGAAAUGCAACAGAAGAGCUCUGAUAGUUCAGAAUCCGAUCUUAAAUUCAAGGUAAACGGAGAAAACGUAGAUGAGCUAGUGCUUGAUGAUGAUAUUCCAGCUCCUAAAGGUAAAACUUCAACUGAACCCAUUGUUAUAUCACUCGAUAGUGACGAUGAUGAACUACCACUCAACAUGGCUGCAGGCAAUAACCGUCCUAUGUCUAAUUUGGUAAAUGUUCGUCCUAUUUCAAUUUCUUCUGAAUCCAAUAAUGGCGCUACAAGGCCUAAUUACCCAUCUACUACAUCUGAACCUCCACAGCCCAUCAAUAUGACUGAAAAUAGCCCACGUCUGCCAGGGUCUUAUAACGCAAGCAUUCAAUCGCAGCCACAUGCGCAGACAAAUAAUAAUUUAAAUGGGACUUAUCUCCUUGGUAUGGCAAAGAACAAGUCCUCAGUCCAAACAUCCGUAUCUGGCAUUGCGGAUCACCCUAAUAAGGCAGGAACCUUACCAUCUAUUUUACAGGAAAACAUUAAUACACCUACUGAUGUUGGGACCACGGUUAGACCCAACGUGAAUCUUCAAAAUGGUAUUUCGAAGACUGUUAGUGGAACUGCUACAUCUAGAUCUAUCUCCUCACUAAAUCCUGUUUUACUUUUGCCUAAUGGAAGUCACAAUUCAGCGACCACAAGCAAUGGACUAGUUGCUGUGGACCCAGUAGCAUCUAGCAGAAAUGCACAUGCAACAAAUAAUACACAUACUAUGCGAACCGCGAUAGCGCCUACACAAGUCCAAGAUUCAGGAACUAUGGUAAAACCCAAUAUUCGUCUGAAUUUAGAAGAAGAUCGAUCCAUAUUAUUUGGGGAGGACUCAACGAUAGGUGCUAAAAAAUUGCCUACGACGAACUUUGUACCAACUAAGUCUAAUAAUGAAACACCUACAAAUUAUAAAGAAGAGUCUAAUACGACUAUGUAUGCAGAAUCAGAAUCGGAUAGUGGAAAGGUCAGCGAUAUGCCAUUCAACAAAAUAGGUGCUUUCAAAAGCCGGGAUAAUGUCAUAGAUAAUCAUUCGAGGGAACAGGCUAAUGAUGGCAGCGCAGAAAGCAUUACAAGCAAAAGCGAUGGUAAACUAUCUACAACUUCCUCAGUGAUUGAUAGAAGAUUGCCAAAGGUUCCACAAGGGGCUGAUUCCAUUGCAGGAGGAUGGAAGACACUACCUUCGCCGCCUUCGUGGGUUACUUACGCUGAAAAGACACAUACAGAAUUUGAAAAAGAAAACCCUACAGUUAAGCUAAGCGGCAUUUCACAUUAUAACCCACAGAAUAAUAACUCACGUCAUCCAAAGCCACCGGUUUCGCCAUUCAUCCCAAAAAAGUAUAGCAGUAUUAUUCCCAAAAAGCGUGUAAUAUCUAAUGCCGAACCUACGACAAACUUUGACAGGGUGAAUGCGGCCGUUGGCAAUCCUCAAAACCAAACAGGCCCCAACUAA